UCUAAUAGAGCAUAUGCUCGAUCUACACUAAAUAUAUAUUCAAAUAUAUAAGAUACUGAAAAGUUCUACUGUGAUGAUUUUCAUUGGGUGAUGACUUUUGCCGCUUCUGAAGUCCGAAUUAGUCAAAUGUUCACCUGCCCCUCACGCUAUAAAUACAUCGAGCUUUGCUGGAAGUAGGCAAUCUCACUCUUCAACUCUCAGAGGUCCCUCUUGAUACUCAGAAAGCUUUUGAAUGCAGAUAUCAAAGAUGGAUUCUAAGGUAAUUCAAGUGGCAACAAUGUUACUCCUGUUUUCUCACCUUUGUGCAGCAGAACAAUGUGGACGACAAGCAGGGAAUGCAGUGUGUCCCAACAACCUUUGCUGCAGCCAGUGGGGCUAUUGUGGAACUACAUCAGACUACUGUGGAACCAACUGCCAAAGCGGACCAUGCACUGGCAGCUCUCCUCGUCCUCCACCUCCUCCUCCUCCUUCCGGCACUCCUCCCGGCACGAAGACCGGGGAAGCUUCGUAUUAUACAGCUCCCUUCGUUCCCUCCGCGUGUUUUGGAGACAAUGCAGGUCAGUUUCCCUCCAAUAAUUACUUUGCUGCGGGAGGUGACGGAGCACCCAACAUCUGGAACAAUAGUGCAAACUGUGGAAAAUGGUUCAAGAUCAAAUGCACAGGCAAUGGCUGCACCAGCUCAGCUACCAUCUCUGUCAAGAUAGUGGAUCGUUGCCCUAAUGGAUGUGUAGGUGGGCGAGCAUUUGAUUUGUCCAACACAGCAUUUGCAGCCAUAGCAAAUCUAGACGUCGGACAUAUCACUGUCACCUACUCCGGUCCAUAUAACAGCCCGUAGUUACAUGACGAACUUAAAAUGGAGUGUUCUCGUAAAACGUCGGGAUAUCUUCUCAAAACGGGGAAUCUGCAAUGUCCUCCUCAACUUCCUCUUUGCAUCAGAGGAAUUGCACUGUUUCGACCCUUGAAUUGGUUUUGGGUUGACAGCAAAUAAAUCGUCUACAUCGUUAUAAUAAAAGGCAGGAUCGAAUUCAGUUUGUCUCUCCUGCAAUUUAUUCUCUUCCA